ACCCUGUGGUGCCAGUGGACUUUGAAGAGUUCCUGAUGUCACAGUUCAACAUUGCAGAUACUGAUCUUCAGCAAGACCUGGGUGACUUCCCUGAUGAUGACUUGGAGAUUACUUUUGUUCCAAGAGAGUGUAGGACCAUUCAGCCUUCCAUUCCAGAAGAUGGGGUUGAUUUAGAUCCACAUGUGCGUGAUUGUGUCCAGACCUAUACUCAAGAUUGGCUCAUUGUCAACAGAAGGAACCAAGGAGAUUGGGGACCUUUGGUUCAAGUGCACUCGGACCAAGGCGCAAUCUGUGUAAGACUCUUUCAAAGCAGAUAUUUGAAUCAGAAGAAAAUGGUGACUCAUCCAGCCAAGAUUUUUCCGGAUGAUUCAAGGCCUCAUCCAAUUCUGUGUGCAGUACCUGAGACAGCAACUCUGACAUCAUGUGACUUUGACCUCCGAAGCCUGCAGCCAGAUACCCGUUUAGAAAGUAUACUUCAGCCCAUCACUCCAGAGGAGCUUGACAGACAAAAUGAAGAAACAAGGAGAGCCAAUAGACAGGCAGAACUGUUUGCCCUCUGUCCUCCACCAGAUGAGGAGGAUGCUGUUGAAAUUCGUCCAGCUCCUGACUGUCCAAAAGAACACAUGGGACACAGAAUCCAAAUAAAGUGCCAAAUGUUAAAGUUUGAAAUUGAAGUAGAGCCAAUAUUUGCCAGUUUAGCCUUGUAUGACUUAAAAGAGAAGAAAAAGAUUUCAGAGAAUUUUUACUGUGACCUGAAUAAUGACCAGAUAAAGGCCUUUCUUCGUCCGCACACAAAUCAUAUGGCAUCCUCCAGUCUGAGUCGCGCAGCUAUCUUCUCCAUUACAUAUCCUUCUCCAGAUAUCUACCUGGUCAUCAAGAUUGAAAAGGUUCUUCAGCAGGGAGAUAUUGCUGAAUGUGCAGAACCAUAUCUUGUAAUGAAAGAGAGUGACUCAUCAAAGAAUAAAGAUAAAAUAGAGAAACUUAAGUCUCAAGCAGAGUCCUUUUGCCAGCGGCUGGGGAAGUACCGAAUGCCAUUUGCCUGGGCCUAUGUGAACAUCAUGAAUAUCACGUCCUCUCUGACUGACCGAGAUUCCAUGGAGGUUGAAAACAUCAGUGCUAAAGGCAACAGUGGAGACAAAAAAGUUUACUCAUAUCAAAGACGACUUUCUGAGAGGUCAGCUCUUCUGGAGGAUCAGUGCAGUUUGUCCAACUUCAAAUCUACCUUGGUUACCAUCGGUUCCUUCUUUAAACAGGAAGGUGACAAGCUGAGUGAUGAAGAUUUGCUCAAGUCCUUGGCCGAAAUAAAAAGAUCGUCUGCACCACUGAGAAGAUUGCGGUCAAUACCAGGUCAAAUAAAAGUAGAGAUCUUGCCUGUUGGAGAGAGUCCCGCAUUGUGCAUUACUCCUGAGCUGUUGCCAGUGAAGCCUUAUCCUGAAAACCGUGGUCGACCAAUCAAAGAAGUUCUAGAGUUCCCAUCUCGAGAAGUCUAUGUUCCACAUACUACUUACAGGAAUCUACUCUAUGUCUAUCCGCAAAGACUUAAUUUUCCCAACCGGUUAACUUCUGGUAGAAAUAUCACAAUCAAAAUCCAGUUCAUGUCAGGGGAGGAUCCAAGCAAUGCCAUGCAGGUUCUUUUUGGAAAAUCAAGUGGUGCAGAAUUUGUCUCGGAGACAUAUACCGCAGUUACUUAUCAUAAUAAGUCUCCUGAUUUCUACGAGGAAGUAAAACUUAAGCUUCCUGCUAAAAUUACAGAAAGACACCAUUUGCUGUUUACCUUCUACCACAUCAGCUGCCAACAGAAGCAGAACCAAGGAGGAUCACCAGAGAUUCUAAUUGGUUACUCGUGGUUGCCAAUUCUUACAAAUGAGCGUCUUCAGACUGGCCGUUACUGUCUGCCAAUUGCUUUGGAUAAGCUUCCCAACAAAUACUCGAUGCACUCUCCAGAGAAGAUUCCAAACCAGUCUCCACCAAUCAAAUGGGUAGAUGGACACAAAGGUGUAUUCAAUGUGGAGAUACAAGCCGUUUCUUCUGUGCAUACCCAGGACAACCACCUGGAUAAGUUCUUUGCCCUGUGUCACACGCUGGAGGGCCGGGGUAUUCCAAUUCGGAUCCUUGACCAGAAGAUAAUGGAACAUGACCUGGAGCACGAGCUGAAGUUGAGUAUAAUCUCACUGCCUUCAGCUCGGCUUGAACCAUUGGUACUGUUUCUGCACCAGGUCCUGGAUAAGCUUUUCCAGCUGACAAUACAGCCAAUUGUUGUCGCAGGCCAGACAGCCAAUCUUGCACAAUUCACAUUUGAGUCCGUCGUCUCGAUAGUUAACAGCCUUCAUAACAGUUCUGACCUCAGCAAGGAUCAGCAUGGACGCAAUUGCUUACUGAUGUCUUAUGUGUACUACGUGUUUUCGCCUGCCAGAUUCACUGAAAGAGGACGGCAAAAUGUGGUAAGCUCAGCAGUGCCUCCUGUGUUUCCAGAGAGUCGUUACUACACUGUGGGACGUUCCAGUGCUGCCUAUGUUGGAUCCAGACUUAUGCAGUCACGCAUAUUGAGCAGCAGCAAUCCUGAUAUUGCAGGAACCCAGGCUUUAGCAGAUGAAGAUGCUAAGAAUAUCACAUCUUCCAAGCAAUUUCAUGAAGAACUAGCACUGCAGAUGGUGGUCAGCACUGGCAUGGUGAGAGAAAAUGUCUUCAAAUAUGCCUGGUUCUUCUUUGAGCUUUUGGUUAAAAGUAUGGCCCAGUACAUCUGCCAGAUGGACAAGCAGGAUUCUUCCCGAAAACUACGCUUCUCUGAUCGCUUCAAGGAUGAUAUUACUACUAUCGUUAAUGUUGUUACUUCAGAGAUUGCCACAAUUCUUGUGAAACAGCAGAAGGAAGCUGAACAAGCUGAAAAAAUCAACAUAAGCUUGGCAUUUUUCCUGUAUGAUCUACUUUCCCUUAUGGACCGUGGCUUUGUGUUCAAUCUAAUUAGGAAUUAUUGCUGCCAGCUAUCCAACAAACUGCAGUCAAUGCCCACCCUCAUCUCCAUGCGCUUGGAGUUCCUGAGGAUCCUCUGCAGCCAUGAACACUAUCUCAGCCUGAACCUUUUCUUCAUCACUAAUCUGUCUGCACCUGCUUCUCCAUGUCCCUCAAUAUCAUCACAGAAUUCUAGUUCAUGUUCAAGUGUUCAAGACCAAAAAAUUGCCAACAUGUUUGAGCUCUCAGCUGAUUAUCGUCAGCAGCACUUUCUGAUUGGGCUUCUCUUCACCGAACUUGUCGCGGCCCUUGAGGCAGAAACAGAAGGGAUAGCUAAAGUACAGAAGAAGGCCGUCAAUGGAGUACUCAGUCUGCUGUGUUCACAUGAUCUGGACUCCCGCUAUUCAAAACCGAAGAUUAAAACUAAAAUAGCUGCCUUAUACCUCCCUCUGAUAGGGAUCAUAAUGGAUGCAUUGCCACAGCUAUACGACUUCACAGAUGCUCGGACUAAGAAGGCUCGUCCAGGUAGUUCAGAUGUUGAAACAGAUGUUAACCCCAUCAAUCAUUCAGUUGCCUUGUUGAUAGCUGGAAAUCCUGUAAACACAAUGCUGAGGAGUACUGGGAUAACAUAUGCACCACUGCCAAGCAAACAGGUUAACCCAUUGGCUGCUGAUGCAAGUCGGACAUUGCUGAUUUCCUUUUUAUGGAUCCUAAAGAAUGCUGAUCAAACUCUAAUGACAAAAUGGGCUUCAGAUCUUCCUGUGUCUCAGCUCAACAAGAUCUUAGACUUGCUGUACCUAUGUGUUUCCUGCUUUGAGUACAGGGGCAAAGCAACUUCAGAUAAAGUUAGUACACAAGCUCUGCAAAAAAGCAAACAUACAAAGGCACGACUAGAAGAAGUGCUCCUGGGAAACGCAGGAGCCCGUGGAGAAAUGAUGAAGCGGUGUCGUGGACCAGGAAAUGAAAGAAACUUUGGAAUAAAUGAAAACCUGCGAUGGAGGAAAGAUCAAACUCAAUGGCGACAGGGCAAUGAGAAGCAAGAAAAAACCAAGGCAGACCUGGAUCAGGAAGCUCUGAUUUCAGGGAAUCUGGUUACAGAGGCUAGUCUGAUUAUUUUAGAUACCUUGGAAAUAAUUAUACAGGCAAUUUCAAUGUCUGAUUGCAAGGACAAUGUCUUAGGAAGUGUUCUCAGGGUUCUUCUUCACAGCCUGGGCUGUAAUCAGAGUUCUUACUACCUAACACAUUGCUUCAGCACACUGAGAGCUCUCAUAAGCAAGUAUGCAGACCUGUUGUUCGAGGAGGAGGCAGAGCAGUGUUCCGACAUGUGUCAAAGAGUCUUACAUCACUGCAGCAGCAGUAUUGACAGCACCCGUACUCAAGCCUGUGCCACACUCUACCUCCUUAUGAGGCAGAGCUUUAACAUAAUCAGUAAUUUUGCCAGGGUUAAAAUGCAGGCCACCAUGUCUUUAGCGUCUCUGGUUGGUAAAUCAUCGGAUUUUAAUGAAGAAUACUUGAGGCGAUCUUUGCGAACUGUUUUGGCUUAUGCAGAGGAAGAUGAGGAAAUGCAGCCAACGAUAUUUCCAUUUCAGGUGGAGGAACUGUUGAGUAACCUCAACAGCAUCUUGUCUGACACAGUAAAAAUGAGAGAGUUCCAAAAGGAUCCUGAGAUGCUUAUGGACCUGAUGUACAGACUAGCUAAGGGAUAUCAAACUUCACCCGACCUACGGCUGACCUGGCUUCAAAACAUGGCUGAAAAGCACACAAAGCGCCAGUGCUACACGGAGGCUGCCAUGUGCUUGGUCCAUGCGGCAGCACUCGUAGCAGAGUACCUCAGCAUGUUGGAGGAUCACAAGUACCUUCCAGUAGGCUGCGUUAGUUUUCAGAAUAUAUCGUCCAAUGUGCUAGAAGAAUCUGCUGUCUCCGAUGACAUUUUGUCCCCUAAUGAGGAUGGGAUCUGCAGUGGAAGAUACUUCAGUGAAAAUGGUCUUGUGGGUUUACUUGAACAAGCUGCUGAACUCUUCAACACAGCUCACAUGUUUGAAACUGUGAACGAAGUUUACAAAGUUGUCAUACCAAUCCAAGAAGCCCAUAGAGAUGUAAGCAAACUGGCUUAUAUACAUGAGAAGCUGAAAAAAGCAUUUGAAAGCAUCACAACAAAGGGUUCUAAACGAAUGUUUGGUACGUAUUUCCGUGUUGCAUUUUACGGAGCUAAGUUUGGGGAUUUGGAUGAACAAGAAUUUAUUUACAAGGAACCUGCCAUCACAAAGCUGCCAGAAAUUUCUCAUCGACUGGAGGCAUUUUACGGCCAAUGUUUUGGUGAAGGUAAGGUGGAAGUAAUUAAAGACUCCAGUCCUGUGGAAAAGGCAAAGCUGGAUCCUAACAAGGCCUACAUACAAAUAACCUUUGUUGAGCCAUUCUUUGAUGAUUAUGAAAUGAAAGACAGAAUCACCUAUUUUGAAAAGAAUUUCAACCUUCGGCGCUUCAUGUACACCACUCCAUUUACCAAGGAUGGACGACCCCGAGGAGACCUCAGUGAGCAGUACAAGAGAAAGACCAUCCUGACAACUCUACAUGCAUUCCCUUAUGUAAAAACUAGAAUUAAUGUCAUUCAGAAAGAAGAGUUUAUCCUGACGCCUAUUGAAGUAGCUAUUGAAGACAUGCAGAAGAAAACUCUUGAAUUGGCAAUAGCAACUCACCAGGAGCCUCCAGAUGCCAAGAUGCUUCAGAUGGUACUGCAAGGCUCCGUGGGAACCACCGUAAACCAGGGUCCGCUAGAAGUAGCUCAAGUGUUUCUGGCUGAAAUUCCAGAGAAUUCAAACCUCUUCCGACAUCACAAUAAACUGAGGUUAUGCUUCAAAGAAUUUAUUAUGCGCUGUGGGGAUGCCGUAGAGAAGAAUAAACAUCUGAUCACUUCUGACCAAAAAGAAUAUCAACAAGAACUGAAAAAGAAUUACCACAAAUUAAAAGAGAACCUGAGACCAAUGAUAGGGAGAAAGAUCCCAGACCUAUACAAACCAGUAAUAAAAAUUCACCGGGAGUCCAAGGAAUCCUUUAAAAGAUCAAGUUUUAAGAGAUAUGAAUCACCACAAUCAAACUCACAGAACAGUUGAUGGAAUCUGUCAAUGAGAUCCCAGGAUCUGGUUUUUAAGUGCAACUCAUUGAGCUCUGCACAACCAUCAAGACAACUAUAUGAGAAAUAUGAGAACUACGAUCAGUUAUCUUCUUCCUCGAAAGGAAACACUUUUAAUAAAGUAAGUAACCCGUCGAUCACACUGAUAUCAUUUACUCCAUGGAAAGAUGAAGCUGCCAGAUGCCUUGAACUGCUGUUAGUUCAUCCAGCUUGCAAAUAUGGUGCUGAUGUCUUUUUACUUGCACCUUUUCCCAAUUGUAAUACAUACAUGAUUUUAUUAUCCAACCGUUUAAUUGUUUCCCAACUCAUGACGAUAUGUGUGUCACAAUGUUUACAUAAGCUGCUGUCGCAUCCUCUAGCUUAAUGUGCAGCAAAUGUUUCAUGUUCCAUAUUCACUCUGCUGGUUCUGUAUAUGGCUUAUUAUGUUUCAUUGUCAUUUCAUUUCAAACAAGAUAAACCUUUAUUGCGAUUGUUUCUAUUGAUGUAAUUCUGUUUUAUAAGUGCAGCAUUUGCUUUGAAUUAGUCAGAUUCUUUUAGUGGUCAGGUGUCAAUAAUGUGAUCUGCAACUUGUAUACCUCCAUUUUUAAACUAGUUGAAGUUGAGUUAUUUUCUUGAUGGGACCUACUUAUUAAGUAUAUUUGAGACACAAUACUUCCAGAAUAGCAUUAACUUCCAUUUUUGGUUUGCAAUGCUAUUUUAAUUUUUGUGCAACCAGCUUUAUUACAUUCUAUGGUCCAAGGAGGGAAAAUCGAGUGUCAAUCAAUGGAGAAUUUUACAUGAACUGCCAUAAGCAUUCAAUAAAAUAUAUGUUGACCUUAAACAUCCCAGCAAAUCGUUUAUUGCCAAACAGUCAAUCCUCAUUCCCUACGAUCUCGGAAAUUAUAGCUUCUCUGUUCUCAUAAAUAAUUUGCACAGGACCACCACCCUCUAAAAGCUGGUCUGCUCAGAGAUGACUAACAAUUUGUAAAAGCAAUGCAAUUUUGAUUUUUUUCCAUCAAGUACAUGCAAAUUUUAAAAUAUGUCUCUGGACUCUGACUAAAAAUGGAGGCAACAUUGCAGACUGUCUUAAUUCCUCAUUGAUUGUAUAUUACUGUAUCUAAUGUAUAGAAAAUUCCAAUCAUGCAACUAGGUACUCGCCAAAAUGGCAUCACCUAACGCUAGUGUUUCAAAUGUUCUUCUAUAUUAUGCUUUCAUUUUGUUUGUAUUGGGAUUCCAAUUGAUUUAUAUUGUAUGUGUAGAUAAGAUUCCCUUUGUAAAAGUAAAAAGCUUUUCUAAAAAAUUAUGAAGAUAUAUUGAUGUAAAUGUAUCAUUGCAUUACAUUCUAGAAUCAAAGAAAUCCACAGCUGAUAGAACUGGAGCUAUUUAGUUCUCAACCUGCUUCACUGUCUUUUCCCCCAUCUUUUCAUAUUAUUGCUGACAUCCAUUUAAUUCACUCUUAAUGCUAUGGUACCAAGCUGAAUGGCCACUUGUGACCAUUUUUUCUUUUUCCCAGUUCUGAUGAAGAGUUCCAGACUCAAACGUUAACUGAUUCUCUUUUCAGAUGCUGCCUGAUCUGCUGAGUGUUUCCAACAUAUUCUGUUUUUUUCCUGAUUUUCAGCAUCUGCAGGGUUUUUUGAUUUCCAUAUUCCAUUAACCUGCUCAAUGGAAAAACACAUGGAUCUUCCCCUUUCAAUUUUCCAGUGAUAAAGCUAAAUUUACCCAGUAUUGAGACUACAUUGCUAACCAAAUAAAAGACAUUUUUUAUAGUUCUCAUGAUUUUGAAAUGGCCUACACAUUUUCAUUCAAUAAUAUCUGAACUAAAGGGAAAACGUGCUAUCUUUUUGAAGUGCUUUUGGCCCCUCAGGAAUGAUCCAGGACCACCCUGACUCAGUGGUCAGUACAUUGGUGGACUGAGAGCUCAGAAACCCUAACAUCUGACCUCCAACGUGCCCAAUACUACAAUACUACUAGAUGCAGAAGUUAUGAACAUGGCAACCCACAGAAAGGCCACAGCUGACCGUUAUUUUACAAACAGCUGCUGAAGAAGUGCAAUCUGCCUUAUUAUAGUCAUUACCAAUUUAUUUGCAAUUUAUAAUGCAAAGAAAAGGUGAUGCAAUUAUCUAAUUUUUUUUAAAUUGGCAAACGAUGACUAUAACCCAAAACUCCUGAUGCUGAAGCAUAAAAAUACGAACAAGUCAAGCACCAGGAAUGAUCGUUGGGUCAUCUUCCUAUCCACGAUGGAGCUUAGCAUUCAGAGCGUUAAGACUUCUAACCCUGAGAGAUACAAUGUAAGAAUUCAGUUCCAGUUUGUGAUCCACUCAACAUAAGAAUAUGAGAAACAGAAGCCAGAACAGGCCUCAUGCCUGCUCUUCCAUUCAAUGAGAUCAUGGUUGAUGUUUUACCUCAGCUCCACUUUCCUGCACUAAUCCUAUACCCAUUUAUUCCAUUAAUACCGAAAAAUCUGUCAAAUUUGAAUAUAUUCAGUGACUGAGCCUCCACGGCCCCCAUGGCUAGAGAAUUCCAAAGAUUCAUCACCCUCCAGGUGUAGUAAUUCCUUCUAUAUUCUCUGUCCUGAAUGACAACCCAUUACUUUGAGACUGUAGCCCUUGGUUCUAACACUCAGAUAGGAGAAACAUCAAUCUUACUUCUACCCUGUCACAACUUUAUGCAUGAUAUCCAAGUACUCCAUACCUAAAAUGUUACAGUUAUACUUCAAGGAGAAUUGCACAAACCUUACCUUCUGUACAACUUAGUAUACAAUAAUAAUUCUCUUUUGACAAACACCCUCUCCCAGCUUAAAUGAGGAAAGGACUAAGUAACCGUUGUGCUGAAACCAGUAGGCAACAUUUUACCCAGGUGGGCAAACAUUUAUUUGUAAAAUAUCAUAAAAGAUUGCAUACUACAAAAUGCUGAUUCUGUUGAACAUGUCCAUCUCGAUUCAAACCACUGCUGAGAAAACACAGUGAAACUGAAAUUAAAACACAACUUGCUGGAAACUCAGAAAAUAUAGAUUAACAUUUCUGGUCUUAGAGGUCAUCAAUGAUUGACAAAGGUUGAUUUCUUUGCUCUUUAUAGAUUUUGAGGAACUACUGUCCUUUUUCUCCAUUCUCUGUUUUGGUUUCACACACAAGGGAGUCAAAAUGACAUCUAAUAAUGCUAGGUGAAAAAACAACAAGAUGCAGGAGGAACUCAGCAGGCUAGGCAGCAUCUGUGGAGAAAAACAGACGGUCAAUGUUUUGGGUCAGGAUCCUUCUUCAGGACUGAAGAUAGGGAAAGGGUAAUCCCAAUAUAUAGGGAAGAGAAAUAGAACAGUGAUAGGUGGACAAAAGAGGGGAGGCGGGGUAGACACAAGGUGAUGAUAGGUAGAUGCAGGUCAGAGAUAGUGAUAGGCAGAUGCAGGGGAGGUGGGGAGAGCAGAUCCACCAGGGUAUGGGUCAAAGGCAGGUGCCCCAUGGAGGGAGGGGAGGAGAGAGAGAAAAAAUAAUGCUAACCUUAAAACCAAAAUUAUGUCUGCAGCAGCUCUUCUCUAGGCAUGUAUAUUUUUCCGUCAUGGUGAAGACAGAGACCUGUAAAAGGAGAUCUGGGGAAUGUAAUUCCAAGUUGUUAUGUGAUUCAGUUUAUUCCAUUUGCAUAUAGUUUCUGGGUGGUCAAGGGAUUAAGAUAUUGGUAUAUUUCCAGCUUUGGCUGCUUCACAAAAUAUAUUGUAGGCCAGAGGAUGUAUAGAGAGAUUUAAACUGCCUUGCAGUGCUGGAAGAAUACAACAGUCCGUCUGGAUUUGGAGCUCAGAAAUCAUGUCAUGUGAAUGGAUGUACACAGCUGUAGAGGCGACUCUGGAAUUCUUUCGCCAAAUGAGAAUCACUCUGUGGAUUUAUGACUCCAUGAGGUUGAAAGACCAUACUUAGGCAAACAGUAGAUAACUCCAACUAACAUAUGACUGAGUCAACAUCGGGUUUAAUUCAAUGGCGGGUGAAACGUGAUUAACUGAACUCUGACUUCACCACCAGUUGUGAUUGCUUAAGUAUUUUAGGACACUUUUGUGCAUGGUACUCUUAUACUUGCAGCUGGAUGAAAGCUACUAAACUCAAAAUGUAUUGUGGCUGUAUAUCAGAUCGAUCUAGUAAUGAUUUUGGAGCUACAUCAAACCUGUUUGAUAUAAGACUGUUACAUUGAGUAAAAGUUAAACAGUGGAAAACAAGAAAUGUAGUGUCCAAAUUAUAGUAAAGGAUCUGAAAAUGUAGAACAGGCCUAUCAAAAAAGCAAAAUACUUACCUAAUGCACCAUGUUAUUUAAAGACAACAAACAGAAUUGCUUGAUAUAGAUUAAAAUUGAAAGAUUUACAUUUUGUUUAUGAAUAUUUCUACUACGAACCUCGGGAUGUGUUAUAUUUUGUUUUAGUGUAGAGGAGCAAAUUGGAUUAAAAGUUGUUUAUUUUGAGCUGCAAAGCCUGAAGCCCUGUGAAAGCGAAAAAAAAACAGACCCACCCUUUCACCUACUAAACACAUGAAAAGAAAAAUCCAAAACUCAAGCUGUGCACGUACCAUUCAUGUCUUUGUUUUGAUCUUUGUCUAAUCCAUCUGGAGAAACAAAUGCUGGUAGAAGAAACAUUUUUUUACUUACUUCUUUUCACUUAAAACUCAGUAGCAACAUAAAUCUCAUGGUGAGGAAACCGUCCUCUUUCCCGUGGAUAAAUCUGUACAUCUGUCAAUGUCAUAGAAUAAAUUCUCCAUGGAAGCUAAGAGGGAUGAUUCUGACAAUGAAUGUACUUACAUCAGAAGGUAGACUUCUUUUUCCCCCUGCAAAUACACAAGUUUUUAUUAAUUAUAUUUUUAUUUCAGUGGGGUGUACGCUGUGAAAGGUUGAAACAGCGGCAACUUCAACUGUUAUUCUGCUGUCAUUCAAAUAACCUGCCAGGACUUAGUACUGAAUGUCUGCAUAAGAAUACUGAUCAUUCAGAAUGUGUGGAAUUGGAACAGUAGACUAUAUCUCAACAGGAAGCCCGUGCCUUCAUGAAAAAGGGAGAUUACAACAUUGUUAGAAACUAAAAACCAUACAGGGAAAUGCAAAACAAAAUAUGAUGACUUUCUACAGUUCAUCUGAUAAAAUAAAUGCUUACAAUGCUUGGUAUUAAAUUCAUAAAUGCAAUUUUAAAUCAAUGGUAACAAUAGUCCUAAGAAAAACAUCAGCAGCAUUGUCCCCUACAAUACAUCCAAACUUUAAUUUAUGAAACUGCAUUGGAGUCUUGUGUCUUCUCAUAGCUAUAAAGUGUAUAUUGUGUUUCUGUAAGGAUGCCAAUCCAUUACAUUAAUUAUUGCUACCUGAGAUAGCUUUGUGGCAGGUAAUAUUUCUGAUGCACCAUUUCAACAUUUGAAUAAUUAAAUAGUAACCAUUGAGCCAAGAACUGAAAUAUUCAAUCAAUUUGUUUCAAUCUGCUCACUUGGUUUCUAUACUUUAACAUGAAAUCUAAAGAAAUAAUUUUGUAACAUUUAUAUUUUUAUAUGGUUACAUAUGUACACGACUGUAGUAUUUGUGAAAAAAAUAUUGAACACACCAAGUUGCUGUACCAGGUUGUGAAAUAAAACUUUUAUUGUGACUUUUUUGAUAACACUGAUACAAGUAACAACUUUCAACAUGUGCCUUUGUCUAAACUAUCCAUAUAAAAAGGUUUACCAAUUACAACAACCACUAUAAUUCACAUUCUCACCCCAAGUUAUGAGUUGCUUCUGUUUCCAAGUGAAGGUAGUUAAUAACAUUUUAAAAUCCCCCUCAAACUUUGAAAUGUUAAUUGUUCCAGGAGAGGCAUCAACUCACAAUAACCAACAUGAGGAUGAGCUUAGCAGCCAGACUGAUCACCAGAAGUAGGUGGGCGCAAUCUGUGGCAGUAACCAUGGUACUCUCACAGAAAUGUGUGGAACAGCUGGUUUUAGAAGAUGCAUCACUUCUGAUCAACAGGGAAUAAUGUUUACCUCCACAAGAACAGCUUUUCAAUCGCUUGCAGAUGCCAGGGAUCUGUGAAACACUGUUGUUGCUUAUUUGAAACACAAUGAAAGAAUCCCUUGAUUCUGGAAGAGGAGGUAGACCACAGUUUAUUACUUUGGCACUAUCA